CCUCUCUUCCAACUGCCUUGAUGAUAAACACACAGCUACUCAACAUUAGCCUGAUGCGCAUCAAAGCCCUCACCAUUUUAUUCCUCUUUAUUUUCCAACAAAACAACACUUCUAACACUUUUCCACAGGAGCUGGAGAUCCACAGAGUGAAGACUUAACACAUGGACCAAAUCAUCAGGAGUAUUUCAUAACAGUAACGGAGAUGGAAAUGAUGGGAACAAAAAAGUAGGAAGAAAAUUCUCUUGACAUUGGAUUUCUUGGAAGUAAAUCAUUUGGAUGCCUGGUCACUUUCAGAGCGCAUGGGGAGCGCACUCCGUGGGAUUGUUUACAUGUGAGUGACACUAUCCAGCCCAUCACAGCCACACAGUAACCUCAGAAACAGCUGACAGUCCUGGAGGAGGAUGCCUUCCCUGCACCAUGGAGCAAUCUUCAUGGGAGCCUUCCUCAUCGUGACUGGGGGCUCCACAGCCUUCCUGGCCUCGUACCAGAGCCGCCUGCAGGCUUUCUCCCUCUGCUGUGUGGUGCUGGGGGUCUUCCUGCUUAUUCUGGGGCUAUUUUGGGCUAUGAACAGCAAAAGUGCCGUGAACUACAACCACAGGGAGUACGACUCGGAGUGCCCGCAUUAUCCAUACAACGACUACACCAACUACCCAGCCCUGUUCAGUCCCCCGGGGGGCCGAUUCCCAGAGUCCCAGUCAGUGUUUCUGCCCAGGACGAUGGAGCGCCACAGGCAUGGUGCUCGUGGUGAGGAUUUCGACUAUCCUCCCAUGGACUCUGGUGGUUUCAGUCCUACGCCUCACCCUCCUCCAUGGCUGGGACCCCCGCCUCCCUAUGAGGUUGCCAUCAAGACCACGUGCAGCUCUACACACCUGCGACGUGCAUACUCAGACACACACCUGGCAACUGAGCCGCUGUUUGGACAGUCGAGAGAGAUCAGCUUUGAGGUUUGACGUUGGACGAUGCUGAUGCCUCGCCUGUCUGCACAUCAAACCAAAAGAUAAAUAGGCACAAGACUCUGGCUUUUACUCAGAUUGUACAGGAGUUGUCAUUUGACAGCAGCGAACUUCGUCUCUCAUUUGAAGCAUGCUUCCUUCUUGGCCCCUGCAUGCUCUUCCUGUAUUCCCCAGAUAUGACCCAAGUGUUAGCACACACUCAAAUAUAUGGUGCAAUUAAAGGUACAUCAAGCCAAUUUCAGCAUUAUCUGACUGAAAUGAAGCACCAAGACAUUUCAUAUUCUAGUUCUGACAAUUUCUAUAUAGCUCCUAUCAUGUCAUCAUGUUACAUUUUCCUUUGAUGCUGUUGCCUAGCACAUGUAAUGACUCAGGUUCUGUCCACUGGCAACCAAAGACCCACUGAGGACCCCAAAAACAUCACCAAAACAACUUCUAACUUACAACUGUGCUUCCCUAGGUCCCCAGCAACACUACCACAAAGUUUGAAGUAGAUCUGACUAACAGUUGUUGGGGCCACAAUGUGCAACCGUGUCACUGUGUCUUGAUGAACAUUAUUCAAGUCCUUGAAACUACAUUGACAAUUUAUGAUAACAUGCUUAUAUCACUUCAAAAUAGGUGGGUCAAAAAUGGGUUAAACCUAAACUUGUAUUCCACACAGGAUUUCAAGAAGCAGUUUGCUAUUUUUGGAAAACAGGGUUAUUUUCUUUCUUGUCAAUAAUCAAAUGAAAAUAUGUGUACUAAAUAUGACGAUGCCAGGAGGCAGUUAGCUUAGCGUAGCAUGGCUUUGUCCAAAGGCGACGUAAUCUACCUACUAGGUAGGUCAUAGCACAAUGUAUCUCACUGGUUCCAGGUUACAUGCUAGACUAUUUUGUAGCUAAAUUCAGUGAUGUGCAUCUUUUAUGCUAAGUAAAGCUAAUGCAGACUAGACACUUCAAAUACACAAGGACACAGAGCAGCAGAGGCCUAGAUUUGAGGUUAUUGAGAUAACUUCAGGUUUAACUCUGGGUUUUCGGUACUAUGACGUGGGUAAAUUUCAUACCAGAGUACAUCUCCCAGAUAUAGACCAACAAUAAAAAUGUUAAUAAUAACAACAGUGUACAAGAGAGUGAAUGAAAAGAGCAAAAACCAAAAACAGUAAAUAAGGUCUGCAUAUGUUGGUGUCCAUCUCUUAAUCUUACCAGUGUGUAACUUUUAACCUUUAAUCUCUGUAAAGAUAAGCUUAGACACCCUUGAGGUGUAAGAAACAUCUUUUUUGCUCGCAGAUCAGUUGAUGGUGACUGUAGCGGCUUCCCCUUACCAAACCUUGUAGCCGCUGAGAGUGUGAGGUCGGGUCCUGGGUUCGUACAUUGGAGACGCGCAAGGAGUUUUAUAGGUACAAAUACGCUCAGAUCCGAAGAUACAUUUUGGUGCAUUUAUUGCAGGACAAAACAACAGGGCUAUCAGAGGGCAGCAGUAUGAGCAACAUGACAAGAAAAAAACCAUAUAAUUCAACUGUAAAAAUGGAAUAUGGAAGAAUGAAAUGCGGUCAACAAAAAAUACGGCUAUGCCCGACCCUGACUCUCCAUCUGUGCCAUAGGUGAGCACGCGCCUUUACGCACAGCCUUUCUCACAUGUACACGCCCACUCCAGGUGAAACACCGCCUCUGCAACACACACACACUUAGACAGUGCACCUAUACCUCAGUCUGUCUCCUACAGUGACACAAUUGCUUCCAUAUGCUGCAAAAAUAGCUUAAAUACACUUCAGAUUUGUUUCCUAAUGCACCUACUCUGGCUGGCAUAGAGGUACAGUGACAUUAACACUUUGACCUGACAGCAAGAGGGCAGGAGGGUGAAGAUAUUCAGGGAGAAACAGAGUUUUUGGCUUGGCAAACAGUGCUGACGCUAACAGAACUAAUUACAUGUUCACACAUACAUGUCCAGUUACUUCUUCCACUACGCUGAGGAGCAGAGGCAUCAGAAUUUUCAGCCUUUUAACUGGUCAACAUGGCCUUAGGGUGAGGAAUAUACCUCCAUUUGUUGGUCUGGAAUGUGCUUCAAUUGUGUUAUUUCAUUUUCACGUGGAUGGAGCGGGUUUUUUUGGAUCAAGGAGGAUAAAAAAAAACAUUUGGAGCACAUUGUGUACACUUGGAGCUUGAUAAAAAGGCAGGAAUUAAGAUCAUGUUAACUUGCUGUACACAAGUUAGUUUAAGGGCACCAGUUGCCAUGGUAACAGAAAGACUCAGGAAAUCCAGGAUUUCCUAUAAUUUGAGUUCAACAGAUAGACAAGGAUAAUUCUCCUCUGUGGGAUUCGAUCCAUGCAGCCGUUCUCUGGAAAUGGCAGACUUGAGCUUGUGAACAAAUGUUUCCCUCAUCUUUCAGUUUGUGCCACACAUGUACGCAUCAGCUUGUUGAAAGCAAGGGAACGAUGACUCAUCUGACCAUAUGGGUUUUUCCACUGCUCGACAGACCACUGCAGCUCUCUGGCAACACCGCCUGUGCUUUAAGUGUCACAACUUCACCUAUUGUAACCAUAAAAUCGCUGUAUUUUAAAGGAUCAGAUUGCUGUUUUUGCAUUUCCAGAUAUUUUUUUGUGUUUUAUCCUUCCUUCCAGAACCCUGUUGCUAAAGCAUUUAUUUGGCUACGUUAAAGUUGUUUCUCCUUUAGUGUGAGACAUUCAGGUGCUGCCUGGAAUCUACAACUUUCAAAAUGUGAGGGCUGGUUGACCUAAACGCACUCAAUUUUUUGAAGUUAAAUACAGAAAGCCAAACAAGGAAAUUGUGAAAAAUAAGCCAGCAAGGGAUAAUAUUGAGGAACUCAGAUUCACAAGAAUAAAAAAUAUUAAUUGCCAUAUUGAUGUAUUUUUGUCUAUCAUAGACGAUUAAAUCAAUAAAGCCGACGUUGUAAACAUUAUUAUGGUUUAAAUAAGCACGUCUGUCUCUGCAAGUUGAUUUUCAUUCAGUAAUCAAAUAAAAGCACCGACUCAGCAGUCUCACAGUUCCAAAAUAUUUGCAUAUGAAGUCUGUCAGAAACGGAUUGAUGGCAACUGAUACUGUUGUCAGCUCUUACACUCAUAUAAAAUUGCUAAAUUUUGAGAGAAGAGAGAUGCUGUACUAUAGUCUUGUGAUCUUUAACAGCACAAACACGAGUGACUUCAGCCAAUAUGAAUCACAGACGAUCCACCAUGUGGCUUUGGGUUGUGUCUCUUAUGCCAUUGAAUGUGCAUGUAUCUGUCAGUGUAUGCUCUGUUCUCCGGAAAGCAGUUCUUGCAACAUGAUUUCAAUGGCUGUGAGAGUGUGUAUUCAAGUUUAUUUAAUAAAACAGUGAUGAAGGACAUGG